AUGUACUUUGACAGAAUGCUCCCUAGUCUGGAGAUGAGAGCCAUGAACGAGAUGCUCGAAAAAGAGCGGUGUUAUUACGCGCCACCUAAGCAGCACGAGCCUUCUUUGACUGCACGCUCCCCCGUCUCGCGGCCUUCGAGCCCGGUGUCGGUGGAAUCUGAGCUGAGCUGCUCAAGCCCGGAAACCAAACCGACGACGGAAGCGCGAGUGAGAAGGCCCUUGAACGCCUUCAUCAUUUGGACGAAAGAGGAACGCAGACGUCUUGCGCAACUUAACCCCGACCUGGAGAACACUGACCUCAGUAAAAUACUUGGUAAAACAUGGAAAGCCAUGUCUCUGGCUGAGAAGCGUCCAUACAUGCAAGAGGCAGAGCGGCUGAGGGUCCAGCAUACUAUCGACCACCCCAACUACAAAUACCGCCCCCGUCGCCGCAAGACCAACAGGCGUGGCAGCAAGACUCCUCCUAGCGAGAGCAGUGCUUCCUCUAACCUCCACCUCAGCUAUAUGCUCCAAAACCAAGGCCUCCAGUAUCCAUACACACACUCACAUACUCUCUCCAGCUCGUACACACACCCACCUGGCCUGACUUUCCCAAGUCACCCCACUCCACCUCAGAAUGGGGCAACAUAUACAACCGGAGGGGUAAUGUUCUCUGAUGGAGAAGGGUACAUGAAUUCUUCCUUUGCAUAUCCACAGCAAGCUAUGUGCUCCACAGAAUCCCAGCCAUACUACAGUUCCCAGUAUGCUGGGCAGCAGAGGGGAGAGCACCGUGAUUGGCGAAGGACAGAGGUGUGUUCAUGCGUGCUGUGUUCUGGAGGACCAUCACUAGAUUUUUACCUGGAGCAGGUCCAGGUGGACAUGCUAGACCAGCUGGACCGCAGUGAGUUUGACCAGUACCUCAAUCCUCUCCAGCCUAAAGAGCAACACUGA